GUGCGCGACCUCUGCCAGGCCAACCGUUCCGGGGCUCAGUGUCCCUGCUCUGCUGUCAAGCAGGAGAGAUGCCGGCUACCUCCCGUCUUUGACUGUCCAAAUACUGAGUGCCAUAAGCCUUUGGCCCAUAUAUAAGUGGGAAUGCAGCUUGCUUGGAUGUGUGAAACUGUUUAGGCACCUUUGUCUGAAUCCAGUCAUUAAGAUCUACUACCCUAGUUCCUUGGUGCAGAAUAGCUACAUAUCGAACAUGUUUGCAAAACUAAAGAAGAAAAUUGCCGAAGAGACUGCUGUAGCCCAGAGGCCUGGAGGAGCUACUAGGAUCCCACGCUCUGUCAGCAAGGAAUCUGUAGCCUCUAUGGGAGCUGACUCUGGAGAUGACUUUGCUUCCGAUGGAAGCAGCUCCAGAGAAGACCUUUCAUCCCAGCUUUUGAGAAGAAAUGAACAGAUACGAAAAUUAGAGGCCCGACUUUCUGACUAUGCUGAACAGGUCCGAAACUUACAGAAGAUAAAAGAGAAGCUUGAAAUUGCAUUAGAAAAACACCAGGAUUCAUCCAUGCGGAAAUUUCAAGAGCAGAAUGAGACAUUCCAAGCCAACAGAGCCAAAAUGGCAGAAGGACUGGCUUUGGCAUUAGCCAGAAAGGACCAGGAAUGGUCAGAAAAGAUGGAUCAACUUGAAAAGGAAAAAAGGUUUCUGACAGCUCAGUUGCAAGAAGUGAAGAACCAGAGUUUGAAUCUUUUCCAAAAGAGGGAUGAAAUUGAUGAACUAGAGGGGUUCCAGCAACAAGAACUAAGUAAACUAAGGCACAUGCUUUUAAAAAAAGAAGAAUGUCUAGAGAAAGUGGAACAAGAGUUGGAAGCACGAACCAGAGAACUUAAUCGCACUCAGGAAGAGUUGGAGACUUCCAAUCAGAUGUCAUCAGACUUAAGCAACAAGCUAGAAGAAUUACAGAGAUACUACUCUUCGCUGGAAGAUCAGAGAGAUCAUGUGACAGCUUUACAAGCUGGAGCAGAAAAUAAGAUCAUAGCCCUGGAACAAAAGGAACAAGAGCUUCAAGCAGUCAUUCAGCAGCUUUCCAUGGAUUUGCAGAAGGUCACUGCUGAAACUCAAGAAAAAGAAAAAUUCAUUGCACAUUUGCAAAAGAAGGUCACAUCUUUGGAGAAGAGACUGGAACAGAAUUUAUCUGGAGAGGAACAUGCACAAGAACUCUUAAGAGAGAAAACAGUUGCUGAGCAGAACUUGGAAGACAUCAGACAGCAGCUCUUGGCAGCCAGAAGUAGCCAGGCUGAGACCAUUGACAUCCUGGAGACUCGGGUGAAGGAACUGGAGCAGAGCCUGCAGGCCUCGGAGGAGCAGCUCCAGCAGAACAGGGAUGUCGUGGCUGUGCAGGAAGCACAGAUACAGGAGCUCGCAGCUGCAAAGCAGGAAAGCAGCUUCAUGCAGCAGCAGGUUCUCACCCUGGAACAGGAGUACAGAGAGCGUACCCAUUCACUGGAGGCCCAGCUCACUGCCCUGGAGCAGGGGCGGGCAGCUGACCGGACAGCUGCAGAGCACGGGAUGAAAGAGCUGGAGCAAGAAAAUGCUGCCCUCAAAGAAAGCAAAAACGAAUGUGAACGCUCUUUACAACAUCACCAAUUUGAACUGAAUAAGCUAAAGGAAGAAUGGAACCAAAGAGAGGUCAUGAGUGUGGCCAUGGCUCAAGCCCUGGAGGAGGUGCGGAAACAGAGGGAAGAGUUCCAGCAACAGGCUGCUGAACUGAGUGCCGCAGUGGACGAGAAGGAGCGGGGUCUGCGGGAGAAGGCCGACGCACUUCUUCAGAGGGAGCAGGAGGUACACCAGCUGCAGAUAGGCCACGACGCUGCCCUGUGCCAGCUGCACCAACUGCAGUGUGAGCUGGAGGCACUAAGGAGCUCCCGGACCCAGGAGGCUGCCACACAAGACCCACUGCAUCUGCACAGCCAGGAGCUGCUCGUCACCUCAAAGGCCAUGCAUGACCCUGUGUACCAGCUUCCGGCCACAGAAGGAACACCAAAUGGCGAGGUUGGGGCCAUGGAUCUAGGGCAGCUGCAGAAGGAAAAGCAAGACUUGGAACAGCAACUUAUAGAGAAAAAUAAGACCCUCAGGCAGAUGCAGCAGAGGAUGCUAGAACUCAAGAAGACUCUGCAGAAGGAGCUGAAAAUUCGACCUGACAAUGAGAUUUUUGAAGUCCGGGAGAAGCCAGGCCCUGAGAUGCCAAACAUGGCCUCUUCUGUCACAAAUAACGCUGACCUGACUGAUGCCCGUGAGAUCAACUUCGAGUACCUUAAACAUGUUGUCCUAAAAUUCAUGUCCUGUCGGGAAUCUGAGGCUUUUCAUCUUAUAAAAGCUGUGUCUAUGUUGCUGAACUUUUCACAAGAGGAAGAGAACAUGCUCAAAGAAACUCUGGAAUAUAAGAUGUCCUGGUUUGGGUCCAAACCAGCUCCCAAAGGCAGCAUCCGGCCAUCUAUCUCCAGCCCUCGGAUACCAUGGUCCUAGAAGGAAUCACCCACCCAAGGAUUCAGCUCCAUAGGUUGACACUUUUUCUGUGAAAAGAACACUAACACACCAGUCUGGGUGGGUUUUUAAUCACUGUAUCUGCAGUAUUUUGUACAAGCUCCCAAACAUUGUUUACAAGACUUAAAGGCCCGCCUCCCUAUAGGCUGAUAGGAACCUCAGGAGGAAGCUGAUCCUAUGACAUUCUGGUCAUCAAACUGGAAGGCCCAGGCACUACCAGAUUUCCAGUGCUGCUAAUACCCCAGCUCUGGCCAGCACCUGAGUCCUCUAACUUCAUAACAUUAGCACUUAAAGCUGAAGCAGGCAGCCUGUUAGGCAACAAGUGAUUGAUCAUGUAAGAGGUGAUAUGAGCCUGGAGGUGAAGACAGCCUUUGAAGAAAUCAACUCAGUGGACAUAGUUAGUGGUACAUGCCUGCAACCUCAGCACUAGGAGGCGGAGGCAGGAUUCUAAGUUCCAAGCCAGCCUGUGCUAAUGUAGUGAGACUCUCAAGGAAGAAAAGAAGGUCUCCUUACAUUAGCAUGUUUGGGUUCGAUGAGUUACAAGUUUUUUAACCCUUCUCAAGAAAACAUCAUUGCCCAAACCAAGACCUUGAGAUAUGUAUGUAUUUGGAGUACCUGGGACCAGGGUGGUUUCAUGAAGAAUCUGCAGCUUCUGGUGGCAUCUCCAUUUUACUUAAGAAAACUAGCGACAGAAAGAUCCUAAGUAUAGCACCAAAUACACUCAAUUGCCUUUUAAAUGAAUGUACUUGUCUUGAUGGGUUGCUGGUAAACCAUUUUAAACUAUUUUUAUAGCUAAAAUUCACUAUUAUAAACAUGUUUUCUGUAUUAUAAAAUCCAUGUAACUGAUGUUCUUAAAGGAAAAUCAGAACAUCAAGAGGAAAAUAUCCCCAUCCCCAUGUCAUGUUGCUAGCUGUGUGUGGCAUCUGCUGUCUGCAGCAGUGGUGGGAUUUCACUUGCUUUCCUCUUCAGUCUGUCCCACUACCACAGAGCAAAUGCUAAUCACUGUCUCUUACGGACAACCUGCUCAAGCCCAUGGAAGCAGCAUGUCUGUUCUUCCCCAGUCUGCCUUGUGUGGAGCCCACUCUCCCUCACCUCCCCCGGAAUUUAAGAUGACACUACUUUCAUAUCCAGCCUCAGCGGCUGCAUACUUAAUAGCACAACAUGCCUCUAGCCAGAGGGAUGAACGCUUGAGUUCCUCAUUACACUUGUUCUGAAUCUGAAGGGAAACAUCUUAUUGAUUUACAUUUUGAUUAAACUUUCAUUAGUAAAUAAAAAAUGGAAUAACUGGAGCUCCUAAAUUUAUUAUCAGCUAACUAUGUAAAGUGGUUUCUCAGUUGUGGAACAAUUAAGGCCUAUACACACAUGUACCUAUAAAAUACAUCCCAGAGAAACACAAGUAUUUGCAUUUGCCUAUACUUCCAGGAAGUACCAAGCCAGAACAGCAUCACCUUAACCCAUCUCAGGCUCUGCCCAUUACCUACCUCCACAUGUGGCUCCUUGCAGAAGUUUGUCCCUUUAGAAUCCCACUUCCCAUUUAGUGGGAAAACAAAGUGGGAGUCCCGUCAUCCUGAGGAAGUGGUAGCUUCUGUACCAAGCAGGAGUUCCUUUUACACCUAUCUUGAGAACUGGUUAGUCCAUGGGUAACCAGCAGUAGCUACUGCACUGUGGAAGCCUGUCCCACUCCAGUGGCUUCUCCUGUUGAGACACUGAGAUAUGAUGGGGCCUCUUGGGUAGUCACUCGGUUAGGGACGCCCCUCUGGCUAGGCUUUUCUGCUGCAUGUUGAAUUUCCUUCAGCUUUAAGAGGAAGAGUGGAAUAUUCCAAGUGAUUGAAUGCACUUUUACUUGUAUAAAGUUUCCUGUGAUAGACAGUAUCUAUCUAUCUAUAUAUAACCCUUUAUAUGAGCAUUGGAUCUUGAUAUCACUCCCAAUGUUGUAAAUAGGGACUGUAUUAUCUAAAAACUGCUGUAGAAAAUUCAUUUGUGGUGCAAUACACUUUUUGAUUAAAACUAUUCAAUCCAGA